GUCUUUCUUCUCGAAUUCGUGGUAGUUAAAAAGGAGGGGAGGGGAAGAACAACCAUCCUUCAUUUCAACUAUGAACACAAUGUCCGGCGAGAUACGGCCGGAAAUUGAGAUUGAGGAAGAGCAAAGCAGGCACGGAGGAGAAGGAAGAGGUCAUCGUGGUGAGGUUCGGCAGGAGACGAUUGGGUUCUCGGAGAUUGAGGAAGAGGUAACAGUUGCCGGAGGACGAGGAGAAAGCGACGACGGCGCGUGGUAUGUGGCAGUAGGAAGGGACGAAGAGUCGAGCUUGGACGCCCUGCAAUGGACGUUGAGGAACCGCUGCCUCAACAAGGGUGGUGCCCACUUACCUUCUUCUCCCCCUUCUCCUUCUCCUUCUUCUUCAACUUCUUCCUCUUCCUCCACGUCCUAUAGAGGCUGCGUCUACCUGGUUCAUGUCUUCCCUCCUGUCACUCAUAUCCCCACUCCCGUUGGGAAGCUAGCAAAGAGUCAAGUGACCCACGAGCAAUUGAAACUGUACAAGAAGGAAGAGAACAACAGGAGAAGAAGUCUCCUCCAAAAGUACAUAAAGCUAUGCGACGACGCCAAGGUUAAGGUGGAUACCAUACUAAUAGAGAGCAGCACAACGGCGAAGGCCAUACUGGAACUCAUUCCAGUUCUUCAAAUCAGAAGGCUUGUCAUUGGUGCGAAGCGCUCCUCCAGAUGGUCAAAGAAGCCAUCUUCCAAAGCUGAGUUCCUCCAGAAGAAUGCACCUGAGUUCUGUGAAAUCAUAGUUAUCAGUGACGGCAAGCAACUUCCGGAAAACCAGAACGUAUCUGGAACUGAACCUUCAUCACCUACCACAGGCUCUUCCAGGAAAAACACUGCUACCCUCCACAGUCCUCGCAGUUCAAAGAGCAAGAGCGAAGUUUCACCACGCCAACAGGAGCGCAACUUCUUUGAGUGCACCUGCUUCUCUGGUAAAUUCAGUUAAUUUUCUUUUGGUAAGCCCAGAAAGCAAUCUAUGUUCAGUGUUGUCAUGAAAAUGGUUAAGGUUACUCGAUCUCAAGGUGACUUCUUUGUCCACAAUUUUCUUCGAUAGCAUUAUUUCCAAAGGAAGAGUACAACUUAAAUGUAAGGCAUCAAAGUUUGCGGUUAGAGCAGAACAGUUUAUAUUUCCUAUUUGUAAUGAUAAUCUUUGCCACUAAUUGAAACAUUGAGGCAAAGGCGUUCUCAAGCAUGGAUGGUGAAGUUUUCUUCGUUGAGAGGAAAUUUGCCAAACUCUGUGAAAGGCGUGAUUGUAUCAUCUUGACAGGAUUGGUAUGGUGAUGCCGGAAAAUAGCGAUGACAGUGGUUUUGGUGAGUGACAAUAAUAA